AUGGGAGUUACAAACCGAGUGGAUGCUAGAGAUGGACAGACGAAGAAAUGCUGUGACCCAAAGUCUGCAGUGCCUGGUGUAAAUCCCCAGAGCCCCACUGCUCCUGGUGUAAAUCCUCAGAGCUCCACUGCUCCUGGUGUAAAUCCUCAGAGCUCCACUGCUCCUGGUGUAAAUCCUCAGAGCCCCACUGCUCCUGGUGUAAAUCCUCAGAGCCCCACUGCUCCUGGUGUAAAUCCCCAGAGCUCCACUGCUCCCGGUGUAAAUCCUCAGAGCCCCACUGCUCCUGGUGUAAAUCCUCAGAGCCCCACUGCUCCUGGUGUAAAUCCCCAGAGCCCCACUGCUCCUGGUGUAAAUCCUCAGAGCCCCACUGCUCCUGGUGUAAAUCCUCAGGAACCCACUGCUCCUGGUGUAAAUCCUCAGGGCCCCACUGCUCCUGGUGUAAAUCCUCAGGGCCCCACUGCUCCUGGUGUAAAUCCUCAGGGCCCCACUGCUCCUGGUGUAAAUCCUCAGAGCCCCACUGCUCCUGGUGUAAAUCCUCAGGGCCCCACUGCUCCUGGUGUAAAUCCUCAGGGCCCCACUGCUCCUGGUGGAAAUCCUCAGAGCCCCACUGCUCCUGGUGUAAAUCCCCAGAGCCCCACUGCUCCUGGUGUAAAUCCCCAGAGCCCCACUGCUCCUGGUGUAAAUCCCCAGAGCCCCACUGCUCCUGGUGUAAAUCCUCAGAGCCCCACUGCUCCUGGUGUAAAUCCUCAGGGCCCCACUGCUCCUGGUGCAAAUCCUCAGAGCCCCACUGCUCCUGGUGUAAAUCCUCAGAGCCCCACUGCUCCCGGUGUAAAUCCUCAGGGCCCCACUGCUCCUGGUGGAAAUCCUCAGAGCCCCACUGCUCCUGGUGUAAAUCCCCAGAGCCCCACUGCUCCUGGUGUAAAUCCCCAGAGCCCCACUGCUCCUGGUGUAAAUCCUCAGAGCCCCACUGCUCCUGGUGUAAACCUCAGAGCCCCACUGCUCCUGGUGCAAAUCCUCAGGGCCCCACUGCUCCUGGUGUAA